AUGGCCCCUUCCAGAGUGACUUGCGUAUCGAGAAAUGAGUUGAGUCAUCAUACGCACAAGCCUGAAGGAAAAGAAAAACACCGCUCUGGGACACGCAGAGAAAAACGCCGGGCCUCCAAGCAACCGCUAAUGACGAUCGAGAUCCGACGACGACGAACGAAGGGCAGAGAAUUUUUCCUGCUGGAUCACUACAAUCCGCUGGCUUGGUUCAACUUGGAUUUGGCUAUCAGCAACUUGGCACGUCUCAGGCUUGCCAGUGCAUGCGUAUUUCCAAGGAGAUGGAUUUACUUAACAGAGCUGCAUAUCUUCUCGAACAAGUAUAAAACCAACGUAGUUGGGUUGAAAAGGCCUCAGACUCUCAGAGACGAACGCCUCCUGUUGAACAACGUCACACACAUACACAUUGCACAGUCAGACUUUGUCAAUACCAUGAAGCUCGUUCAAAUUGUUUACUUCACAAUCCUUGCCGCUGCCAGUGUCGCUGGGGUAAACAGAGCCACGGCCCUUCAGAGUAUAACCUGCAACGGCCAAUGUGAAGCCUCUGAAACAGAUUUGGACUGCCAUCAUGGGGAAUCGCCUUACCUUGUGGACGACGGGUGCUGGGCGUGCUUGCGUCGCUUGACCACUAUCCCUGCGCUCCGCUCAGAGAUGGCUGAUAGCCAUGCAUUGAGCCAAGGUCGUGAUACGCAAGUCCGAAGGAAAAACAAUACUGUCGGCGAAAUUGACGCAGUCGUGACGAGCCAGUACUCGGUCAAUAUUUUCCGCGUCAAUAUUGGCACGUCCCAUGUGUAUCACGCUGUGCCAAAAUAUUAG